AAAAGCAACGAGACUAGAUCUCUAAAGGAAUAUAUAACAGUUCGAAAAAGGAUAUUAAAAAAGGAUACUUAAAAUGUCGCCGCCACAUCACGAACGAGGUCUCUUCGGCAUCCAUUUGGGAUUGAGCCUAGGUGGCCAUGGACACCACCACCAUCACCACCACCCGCCGCCACCGCCGCCCCACUACGAUCACCACCAUCAUCACCAUGGACCUCCGCACCACCAUGGACCUCCGCCGCACCACCACCACCAUCACCAUGGACCGCCGCCACCACACCACUAUGUGGAGCACCACCAUCACCACAAUGGCAGCCACUUUGACCAUCAUCAUGGGCCGCCACAUCAUCAUCAUCAUCACCACUGCUGAUGAUCCUGGAAAAGGAAAUUAUAAAGGAAUGUGACAAUAUUAAUAAACGAAUUUAAUUUAUUACAUCAGAGCAGAAAUGAUAAAAAAAAAA